AUGGCGGAGGAGCAGCGGGCGCUGCUGGGCGCCGAUGGCGCCGAGGGCGGCGGCGGCUCCCCGGGCCCUCCCCGCGCCCUGCCCGCCGCCUGCGACCCCCGCCGCCUCCCGCACCGCCUGCUCGUCCUGGCCCUCAUGUGCUUCCUGGGAUUCGGCAGCUACUUCUGCUAUGACAACCCGGCCGCUCUGCAGACGCAGGUCCAGCGGGUGAGUCGCUGUCAGGGCGCUUUGAAAAACACGGACGGUGAGAUUCUGUGUGGGCAUGGGCUGACGGGACAGCGGGGAAGGGCUGCCCGCCGGCACAGGGGAGAUGGCGUUUGGGAUUUGGGCAGGAAUUGUUCCUUGGGAGGGUGGGCAGGCUCUGCACGGGGUGCCCCCGGAUCCCUGGCAGUGUUGGGCACUGUCAUAUUCAGCAGCUUCGUGUGUGUGGGGCAGGUGGUUUUUGCUCUGGGAGCGCUGUUCAAUACGUUCUGGCUGAUGGAAGUGGGCAGAUUCGUAUUUGGGAUUGGUGGCGAGUCCUUGGCGGUGGCCCAGAACACCUAUGCAGUGAGCUGGUUCAAGGGCAAGGAGCUGAACCUGGUGUUUGGACUGCAGCUCAGCAUGGCCAGGAUUGGGAGCACGGUGAACAUGAAUAUUAUGGGCUGGAUCUACUCCAGAGUUCAGGACCUCCUGGGCUACGCUGGUCCCAGCACCCUCGGCCUGGCUCUGCUCAUAGGUGGGGUCACCUGCCUCUUCUCCCUGAGCUGUGCUUUAAUCCUGGCUUACCUGGACAGGAGAGCAGAGAAGCUGCUUUGUAAAGAGCAGGGCAAAACAGGAGAAGUGAUCAAGCUGACAGAUGUGAAGGAUUUCUCCCUGUCCUUGUGGCUCAUCUUUGUCAUCUGUGUCUGUUACUACGCUGCAGUUUUCCCUUUCAUUGGCCUUGGGAAGGUUUUCUUUAUUGAAAAAUUCCAAUUUUCCCCUCAAGAAGCCAGUGCAAUUAACAGCAUCGUGUACAUCAUCUCAGCCCCCAUGUCCCCAGUGUUUGGCCUGCUGGUGGAUAAAGUUGGCAAGAACAUCAUCUGGGUGCUGUGUGCUGUGGUCACCACGCUGGCCUCGCACAUCAUGCUGGCCUUCACCUUCUGGAACCCCUGGAUAGCCAUGUGCCUGCUGGGGGUGGCCUAUUCCCUGCUGGCCUGUGCCCUGUGGCCCAUGGUGGCCUUUGUUGUCCCCGAGCACCAGCUGGGAACUGCCUAUGGCUUCAUGCAGUCCAUCCAGAACCUGGGCCUGGCAGUGAUUGCCAUAGCAGCUGGCAUGAUCCUGGACACCAGGGGAUACCUGUUCCUGGAGGUCUUCUUCAGUGCCUGUGUUUGCUUGUCACUGAUUGCUGUGGUCAUGCUGUACUUUGUGAACCACCUCACAGGUGGUGAUCUCAACUGGUCUGCAAAGAAAAGGGCAAAAGUGCAAAAAGCAGCUGCUUCUGAGUAA